CUCGUCCCCUGCUAUAGAACCCCCUGCUAUUAAUCCAUCAUGUCCAACCGAGGAAUGUCCGCGCGAAUCCCAUCUAGGCCAAUCGGGGGUGAGGAUGACACCAUUUUGGGGCGGGACGAUGGCCCGCCUGUGUCUUCUUAGAAAUCGAUUUUUUCUUCCUUUCUUUCCUCGGUCUCUCAUUCAGCCACCUUCUAUCCUCUGUUCUCGAGCUGUCCGGGGAAUCAGUCCAGAAAAGAAAGAAAGGAAGAAAAAAACAGAAUAAGAAAGAAAGAUAAAAAAAAUGGCUCCUCUAUCAGCCACUCUGGCACCCUUAAUUAUGGGUACCGCCACCUUCAACUCCCAGUACAACGCCGAUCCAUACGCCCUGCCCACCACCGAGCUCGUGCAUCGCGCCUUGAACAGUGGCAUUCGCGCCUUCGAUUCCUCGCCCUACUACGGCCCAGCCGAGGAGUUACUCGGUCGCGCCCUCGACACCGACUUUGUCCGCACCAAUUACCCCCGCGACUCCUACCACCUCCUCACCAAAGUCGGUCGCAUCGCCGCCUCCUCCUUCGACUACUCCCCCGCCUGGGUGCGCCAGAGCGUCCGUCGCAGCCUGCGCCGCCUCCACACCACCUACCUCGACGCCGUCUACUGCCACGAUGUCGAGUUCGUCUCCCCCGCCGAGGUCCUCGCCGCCGUCCGCGAACUGCGCCGCCUCCGCGACACAGACGGCUCCGUCCGCCACGUCGGCAUCUCAGGCUACCCCGUCGACGUCCUCUGCGACCUCGCCGAGCUGAUCCUCCGCGAAACAGGCGAACCCCUCGACAUCGUCAUGUCCUACGCGAACUUCACCCUGCAGAACACGCGCCUCCGCUCGCGGGCCCUCCCCCGCCUCAUCGCCGCCGGCGUCGACGUCGUCCCCAACGCCUCCCCGCUCGGCAUGGGCCUGCUCCGCCGCCGCGGCGUCCCCAUAGGCGGCAUGGGCGAUUUCCACCCGGCCCCGGACGCCCUCCGCGACGCCAUCCACGCCGCAGACCAGCUCGCCGACGCUAGCGGCGACAAGCUCGAAGUCGUCGCCAUCCGCUUCGCCCUCGAGUCCUGGCUGCGCGACGGCGCCCCCGUCGGCGCCCUUGGCCCGCCCCUCGCGCGCGCGCCUCACUCAGACCCAGGCUUCCUCUCCGUCGCGUCUAUGGGCACAGGCGAGCGCCUCGGCGUUAGCGUCAUCGGCGUGAGCACCGUCGACGAGCUAACCGAGACCCUGCGCGUGUGGCACAGUAUCGUCGACGGCCUGGAGAACCGCGACGACGACGUCGACAUCGACAACACCGAAGCUGAAAAGACCAGCCCACAAGACACUAUGCCAACAACACUCACCCCCUCCGACGGCCUCAUCACCGACCGCGCGUGGUCGCGCUCCAGAAGAACUCACAUCCUCGACCUAGCGACACAGAUCCAGUCCGUCCUCGGCCCGGAAUGGGUCGACUACGUCUGGGCUAGUCCGGGCCCGGAUUUCGUUAACAUCCUACCAGCUGACCAUUUGGCUGCGUUGGAGAAGGAUGUAGACGCAGACGCAGAGAAGCCUGUUGAUGCCCUUCCCCCGGCAGCGGCAGCAGCAAACGCCAUGGUCACGCCUCCCAUGGAGGCCAUUGAUCAGGAGCAGCGGGACCCGAUGGUGGCUGCGCCGGCGAGUAUUACUCUGUAG